UGUGCCAAAGUAUGCCUUCACUUCCUCAGAAGCUUUACUCCUGCAAAAGAGGCUUCGGUUUUUUCUCAGAGCAUUCAAGAAGAUUUUCUCAGUGCAUUUGAGAAGCUGUACCCUUUCAAAAAGAGGCUUCCGUGAUUCUCAGAGUGUUUGAGAACUUUUCAAUUUACCUUGAUGAGAAUGAAGCGUAUUUAUUCUACACGGGCUUUGCAGGAUCUGGCUUUGUGUAUAAUAGCUGUAAUGUUCUGUUCCACACAGGGCACAGUAAUGACAAAUAAUCAAGAUGUGGAAUUGGGUGGCAAUGUUACUUUGAGAUGUACUUUAAUACAACAUCAUGAUAUUUAUCAAGUUACUUGGAAGAAAAUAAAGACUGGAAAUGAUGAAAAUAUUGCGACAUACAACAAAGAUGCAGGUCCAAGUGUUUUAAAAUACAAAGAUCGAAUCAAUUUCACAGUUUGGAGCCCCCAAGAUAGUGCCAUUAACUUGUCAAAUGUGAGCACUGAAGAUAAUGGCUGCUAUCAGUGCAUAUUUCUUUCAUUUCCUGAAGGGCCUGCCAUGGGACAACCCUGUCUUUCAGUUUAUGAUGAUCUCAAAUCAUCUAUAUCCUACAACAUCUUUGGCAAUCAUUUGAGUGCCAACUGUUCAGCAACUGGUUUCCCAAGACCCAACAUUUCAUGGUUUCCACCAGAAGUUGACAAGAAAGAAACAGAUAUUGUAAAUCCAAAUGGCACACUAUCUGUCAUAAGCAACAUUUUUGUAAGCAUUUCAAAUGUUGAACAAGAGCUGAUUUGCCAAGUUAUUCACAGAGGAAAAACAAAAAUCAUGAAGCUGCCUGGAAAAGAAAAAGAUCAAACAAAAAACUCCUUUCCUGUGGUACCCGUUCUACUGGGUGUGAUUCUUGUGAUCCUGGUUAUUGUUGUGGGGAUAUGCUGCUGGAGACGACAAAGGAAAAAACAUAGGGGAUUCUAAGGGAUUCAACCAAACCAGUUUCCUCCAUGGAAUCCAAAAAUGAUCAACUGUGGAUAUUAUGAAGGAAGCAACAAUUUAAAUGAAUAUCUGGUCCAAGCUCUGUCUUCACUUGCCUUGAAAGGAUGCUUACAUUUCUCUGUAGAAAGCUCAGCCUUCCACAGUGCAGUGACCUCCAAAUGGAUUGGCUGUCAGCUCCCAUAAUCCCUCAGCUAAGUACCAAUAGUGGCAUUGGUACUUAGAACUAAAAUUGUAGAAUGUGUUGUUUUCAGUAAAACUGUUCAGUGGCCUAUUGUGAUCAUCCCUAUUCCUACAGAUGUGGACGAAUGGCUAGAUGAUCAACCCAGGACAGAUGAUCAGAUUCAUCCUUGGUAGUCAAAGGAAAGUCUCUUUCUCUCUGCCCUCCCCUUCCCCCUCCCCCCACCCAGUACACAGUCAAAUAUAGAUUCACUACAGUUUAAUGGAGGAAAACUGCACAAUAUUUUUUCAAAAAAAUUAGGAAAUUGUUCUACAUUAAGUUCUAUUAUGGGAGGUAAAGCUUUUAAUUCUUUGCCACCAUGGGUACUCCCAACCCAUAUUGGGAGCCCACUGAAAAUAUACCUUGGCAAAAAAGAAUACUUUGAAAUACCACCCAAAGUAGGUUCAAAAAAGGAGCAAAUGUUUAAUUUCCUCUGCCCACGUGCAGUGUUCCAGCUCUGGCUUAGUUCUCACUUUAUCCUUGAGCAAGGAAAACAAUGCAUUUAACCUAACACACAGUUUAAUAAUAUAUGUGUCUGUAGAACCUCUGCUUAAUUUCAUUUUGAGGUUUUUAUGUUGUGAAAGGUUCUGCAUUUAUGCAUUAUUUAUAAAUAAUUGCCCUACAGCUAUUUCUCACAUUACUUUUCUAAAUUAUCUAUAGAAUACUUUUUUACACAUAUAACCAUAUAAUAUUUGAAUGGUAUUACCAUGCUGCCUGUAUACAUGCCUGUUAAGAACAUGGAUGUGCAUGGUUCUCUACUAAAUACACAAUGGUCAAUGAUGCUGCUACUAUAACAGGCAGAAGACAACUGACUGGGGAAGAUGUCAUCCAUCAGACACACAUGGUUGACUUCUGUCUAAUGACAGGAGGGAAAUAUUCACCCUCCUAGCUAGAGAAUUCCAGAUAUAUUCUGAGGUCCAUUUUCAGUGUUCUGCCUAACACAACUUGUGCGGCUGUACUGAAAUGAGGAAGGAAAUGUACUUUAUGCUUUAGCUAAAGUACAGGUGGUCCUCAUUUAGCGACCACAAUUGGGACUGGCAACUUUGUUGUUAAGUGAACUGGUCACUAAGUGAA